AUGACAACAGCCAACUUUGCCAUUUCUAGUGGAUGCCAGGAGAAGGCACAACCCAUUGAGAAACCGCCUAUGUUUGCUUUCUGUUUGAAGCCACGAGGCUUGGAGGUGCCCAACAAAGGUUCAAAACCGAGGUCACAGAGGAAAUUCCCAGUAUCUUGGCACAGCCAUACUGCCCUCGGAGAUCAGGAUGGUCUAUAUGCUUUUGGAAGAAGAUCAAAUGGGUUUGCUUUUGGAGAAGAGGUUAUAUUUCAAGGCAAUAGCCAUGAAUCUUCGGAGGCUUCCCCGUUGCUUCAGGCAUCAAGCAGGGCAUUCUCACCGAGGGAUGCUGGUGGUACUGGAUCUUUCUCCUUGCGCAAUGAUGGCUUUGAAUUGAAUCAUCAGCCAAGACUACAUAGAAAUAAUUCAAAGAAGUUUGGGACUAGUCUCUCCUCUAGCAGUCGACAGAUGGUGUCUUCUUUGAACCAGAAAACAAUUGGCAAGAGAAAUGGAGUUCAACGGUGGAAUAUGUAUUUGCCAGAGUGGCCAAGUCAAAAGCAUUAUAAAUCAGAAGGAUCUCAUUGGCAUGGAAUUGAACAGUUGGAUGGUCCAGAUCUUGAUGAGUUCAAGUUGCGUGAUGCAUCAAGUGCAGCUCAGCAUGCACUUAACAUGGCGAAGCUCAAGCGAGAAAGUGCUCAGAGAGCGCUUUACAGAGCAGAUCUAGCAAUACACAAGGCUGUAGCUGCUCUCAUGACUGCUGAGGCAAUCAAAGCUUCUUUUGGGGACUCAAAUGGUGAUGGGUAG